AUGUCAGCCCGGAGGGACUCUCGGGAACCCGGAAUGCCCGAGGGGCCGUUAGAACCCCCGCACAGCGAAGCCGGGGGCCGCUGGAACAUCUGGGAAAAUUCAAAUCCCCCCCCGCUCUCCCCGAGCCGGGCCGGGCCCGGCGGCGGCCCCGGGGGGCUGCCCAGCCCCGCGUGGCCCGGGGGCGGCGAGCCCCCCGACUGGGCGUCCGAGCUGCUGCUGCUGCCGCCGCCCGAGGCCGAGCCGUGGGGCACCGGGGGCCCGGGCAACCUCAGCGCCUUCGUGCUGCGGGACUGCUUGGGCCUUCUCGCGGCCGCCUCCGCCGCUGCCUCCGCGCCGCCCUCCAGGGCGGCCGGCGCCGCGCCCGCCCCCGGGGCCGCCGAGCUGUGCAACCCGGCCUCCGAGUGCGUGGACCCGGCCGUGGUGUUCCCCUUCCCGGUGAACAAGCGCGAGCCCCCGGCCGCUGCAGCCGCAGCCGCCGGCCCUUCCGGGGCGCCCCCGGGAGGGCCCGGGCAGCCCCCCCGCGGCCCCGCGCGCCCCUUCCCCGCCGGAGACGCCAGGGCCAACAGCUGCUCCGGGGACGACACCCUCAGCGACUCGGAUGAUGAGGAGGAGGAAGAGGAGGAGGAGGAGGAGGAGGAGGAGAUCGACGUGGUGACGGUGGAGAAGCGCCGAGCCUCGGCCUCCAGCCACCCCAAGGCGCUCACCACCUUCACCAUCACGGUCCGGCCCAAGAGCGCCGCCCCCGUGGCCCGCGCCCAGCCGGGCGAGCCGGCCCCGAAGCGCUGCGCGCCCAUCCACCAGCAGCACAACUACGCCGCGCCCUCCCCCUACGCCGAGAGCGAGGACCCGCCGCCCCCCAAGAGGGCGAAGGCCGAGGCCCCCCCCCGCCCCGCCAGGAGCCUCCCGCCGCCGGCCAAGGCCAAGGGCGCCAGCCCGCGCAACUCCGACUCGGAGGACAGCGAGCGCCGGCGCAACCACAACAUCCUGGAGCGGCAGCGGCGCAACGACCUGCGCUCCAGCUUCCUGACGCUGCGGGACCACGUGCCCGAGCUGGUCAGGAACGAGAAGGCGGCCAAGGUGGUCAUCCUGAAGAAGGCCACGGAGUACGUGCGCUCGCUGCAGGCGCAGGAGCAGCAGCUGCAGCUGGAGAAGCGCAAGCUCAUGGCCAAGCAGGAGCAGCUGCUGCAGAGGGCCGAGCACGGCCGGACUUGCUGAGCCGGGGGCCGGCCGAGGGCUGCCCUGGCGCACUUGCUGAGCCGGGGACCGGCCGGGAGUUGCCCGAAGGACUUCCAAGCCGGGGACUGGCCGGGGGCUGCCCAGAAGGACUUGCUGAGCCGGGGCCUGGCUGGGGGCUGCCCAGAAGGACUUGCUGAGCCGGGGUCUUCCCAGAAGGACUUGCUUGGCCAGGGGCCGGCUGGGGGCUGGCCGGGGGCUGCCCGGAAGGACUUGCUGAGCCGGGGACUGGCCGGGGGCUGCCCGGAAGAACUUGCUUGGCCAGGGGCCGGCUGGGAGCUGCCCAGAAGGACUUGCUUGGCCGGGGGCUGCCCAGAAGGACUUGCCGAGCCGGGGACUGGCUGGGAGCUGCCUGGAAGGACUUGCUUGGCCGGGGGCCGGCCGGGGGCUGCCCUGGCCUGGCACCGGCACUGCCACUUUGCACACGGUUUUUAAUCGCGGGGUUUUGACGUUAAGAAUGUUGGUUCACUUUCAAUGCUACGGCCCCCCCCUCCGGGCGGGGGGCUCGCGGGGGCCGGAGGGACAGGGCGCCUCUGGGGGGUGGGGGGCGCCCGGAGCCGGCCCCCACCUCGAACUGCAGGCGGCCCUCGGGCGGCGGGCCCGGACUCUCCAGACGCCAGCUCCGACGUCGGGCCUUCUCUCCUCAAUGGUGCUCACGCGUCGCGCCGGGCGUCUGGCCGGCGUCGCGGGCCCCGGGCGUCGCUCCCGGGGGGCCGGCGCCAUCUCUGUAAAUAGCGAUUUCACACUUGCCUUUGUCCGUGUCUUGGGUGCCGGGAGCGGAGACGGCGCCCCCCGAGUCCCGGGAGCCUGGGAGCGCGAGGAGCACGUCGUGUACGCGGGCGGCUCGGGGAUCUGCCCGUCCCGGACUAACGCUCACACCAUCUGUAUACUUUAGUGCGGCGCGGAGACCUGACUACAUUUGAUACUUAUAUUUUCGUAUGAAAAUGAGUUGUGAAGUUUUGAGUAGAUAUUACUUUAUCACUUUUUGGAACUAAGAAGCUUUUGUAAAAAAACAGCAGUGGACCCCCGGGUCCCCCCGCCCCCGCCCCGGCUCUUGGCCCGUCCGGUGGGGGCGGGGAACGGGGGCCAAGUUCCGUGUUUCACUUGUCUUGGAAAUGUCUAUUGAGUGCUGCAUCUUCGAGCACUUUGAAAUACCUCAUGUCUAUGAAAAUAAAUAGUCAUCGAACGAUGCUUCCCAGGCUCUGUUCUCCCCCGGCGCCUUUGGCGCCGCUCACCGGGCCACUUGGCAGAGUGCCUGCUCCCUGCCCCCCCAGGACCCCCGGUGACCCCAGGCUGCUCGCCCCCCCUCAUUUCCUGGGUG